AGCAAUUUCUUGACCGACUGAUCUUCUCAUCAUUUCAGGCCAUUGUCAACAACCAUCUUGUCUGCUGUAGUACCACGUAAACGUUAGUCAGUUGAUCAUACCAGUAUCUAGUCGGGUCGAGAACUAUCCACAGUUCGGCAUUUUUCUCUCUUCUUCCACUGUCAGCGCGAUUCGUGAAUCCUCUGAUUACCAACUUUCGGGCCUUUCCACUGCAGCGGUUCCUGCUCUGACGGGCUUCAGGGUCCUUGACACAUAAAACGGAUAAUGGGCGGGCGGAUGCCUGUGCUGUGCCUCCGCGCGGCUCCACCGGUCCCACUGCCGCCGCCAUCCAGAUUUCCGAAAAAUGUAGCGUCUCCAGUCGACGACGCCGCUUGGCCGCUCAUCCCCCCGCUCAACACGAGACAAAACCGGACUUGAUCGCCAGUAAUCAACAGACCGUCUACUGGCGCUGCUGCUCUUUCUCUCUCCCUUAUCUCUGGGUUGUUCACCUACACUCGCAUAUUUUGAUAUCACUACCAAAUCCCCCGUAUCUGCUGCAUAUGUCGCCGUCUUUUUAGACCAGAAUACUUUCUAGAGUUAUAUUCGCGAUGGCCAGUUUGGGACUUGCUUGCUUUCGAUCUGUUGGAUGGCCGCCUUUGCCCGAGCCUGACACCUGAGAAAGUAUCAUUGGUCAUAUCCGGCACCAAACAAAUACCAAAGUGACGACAAUCGGACGCAUAUACACACAAGAAAACAAGAUCUCCAGGGGAUUUGACAUCUAUCCAAUCAAGUUUCUAACCUAUACUUACUCAUUCUAAAAAAAUGGCAUCCUCCGAGACUGCUGGAGAUCCCAGCAGGGAUGCCUCGCCUUCUGCUACCACGGGAGCAUCUACACCUCGUAGAAAGGAGAAGAAAAGAGUUGGUUUCCAUCGAAAUGAGGGUGAUGGGCCCACGAGCAUCGUCGUCGACGAUGGGACUUCACAGCAGCAAAUUUUGACACUACAACCAACCGCGGCCACAGGUGGCUCGCCGGAUCCAUUCACAACCCCGCGGCCAUCUCCGCCUGAACCAUCAGCACCACCGCAAGAGGCAGGGUCACCAAUCACGCCAACCGGGGCACCCGAUGCCUCGGAGCUUCGUCGUGCUUUGACCAAGAUCCUGACCACGCAAGACGAGGCCCAAGACGACCGCGGCAGACAGGGCCGCUCGUCAAGUGUUGGGCCCUCCAAUGCCGCCCCGCCCGAGCCUGCCGUCUUCAAGAGUCCCCAAAGACCAAUGAGGCCGGUGCUGAGGCGUGAUACCAGCUAUGAUGUGCACGAGGAGAGGGUCAAGGCCGACCUGGCCGAGAUGUACACAGGAGAGCGGGAGCAGAGGUCUAGACAGGCGGCCAGGGAAAGGGCGCACAAUCUCGCCGUCAGGGUCGAGAAUUACGCCUCACCACACGCUUCACACCGACCCUCUCUUGAUUCCGAGGAUGAUCUCGAGGCCGGUGCGCGGGCUGUUCGGUCCACGGCCGUUGAUGGAGACGGCAACUCUGAGAACACGCAACAAAAUGUUCGAUCCAGGAAGCUCCAACGCAAGAAUUCUCACCUUGCACCAGAGGUACUUGAGCCUGCCAAAAACCUCGUUCGUGCCCACACAAAAAGGGCCCAGAAGCACAAACGGACCGCCUCAUCCGAGACCCAGCCAGAUGGGUACUUUGCCUUCCAGCCUGCCUCAGAAGCACGUUCCGGAGCCGUGACGCCCGAGCCGGUACAGCCAUACGUUCAGGACUAUGUCCCGAAGCCAAAUCGUUACCACGGUGGCAUUUUGGGUUCGCUGCUGAAGCUUUACAACGAAGGCACAGGCAGUGGAUCCAACAGCAGAGCGUCAACGCCGGCCCACACGCCUCAGCACUCCCCUCCGGGCUCGAAUGCACCGUCCACACCUGGCUCGCCUAGGCCCUCGAGGCCGAGCAGUGCCAUAUGGAGUGGUUUACACGUCGGGGGGAGCCCAGGGCCAGGCAACGCCGGUGGGGAUUUCAAGACACAUCACAAGAGCCACUCGACUUCGUCCCUGGCGCUUGGUGAGCUCAUAAAAUCGAGCUCGACAUUGAUGGCGCCCGGGUCCAGUACCUCGGGCAAGGGCUUCGCCGACCGGGUGCGACAGUCUGGACAGAGCGCUAAGCGGCGGUCUGGUAUAUUUGGCGGCACAGACUCGCCGAAGCCGGCCAAGUUGAAAAAGCCAAAGCAGACCAAGGGAGAUCAGCACCUGCGCAUCACCAGGCAUAUUGCCAAGAUUCUUAGCAGACACAGAUACGUGCUCAAGCUCUGCCGUGCGCUUAUGAUGUACGGUGCUCCGACACAUCGCCUGGAGGAGUUUCUGACCAUGUCGGCACGCAUCCUCGAGAUCGAGGGCCAAUUCUUGUACUUGCCUGGGUGCAUGAUCGUUUCGUUUGAUGAUUCGGCCACACACACUACCGAAGUCAAGAUCGUCCGCCAGAAGCACGGCCUCAACCUCGGCAAGCUGCGUGAUGUUCACACUAUUUACAAGGAGGUUGUCCACGACCUCAUUGGUGUUGAAGAGGCUACGACCAGGCUGGACGAGAUCCUCAAGCAAGACGUCAAAUUCGGCGACUGGGCUCGCAUUCCCAUCUACGGUCUCGCCUCAGCCAGUGUUGCGCCCUUUGCAUUCGGUGGCCGUUUGAUCGACCUCCCCAUCAUAUUCGGCCUGGGCUGCUUGCUAGGUUGGAUGCAGCUCAUUCUCGCGCCGAGCAACUAUCUCUACGCCAAUGUAUUUGAGAUCACCGCCGCCAUCGUUACCUCUUUCCUCGCUCGCAUGUUCGGCUCCAUCCGCGGCGGCGAACUGUUUUGCUUCUCCGCCAUGGCGCAGUCGUCCAUCGCUCUCAUCUUGCCUGGCUACAUGGUCCUCAGCGCUGCCUUGGAGCUUCAGUCUCACAACAUCGUCGCCGGAUCUGUUCGCAUGGUCUACGCCAUGAUCUACACGCUAUUCCUCGGUUACGGCAUGACCAUCGGCACGGCCAUCUACGGCAUCAUCGACCGGGAGGGAGCUACCUCGUCCACGCGUUGCAAUGGUGGCAUCGACACCGACUGGUACUUUCUCUUUGUCGUCAUCUUCACCGUCUGCCUGUGCAUCAUCAACCAGGCCAAGUGGAAGCAGAUGCCCGUCAUGGUGGCAAUUUCCAUGCUCGGUUAUGUCGUGAACCUGUACUCGGCCACGGCAUUUCCCGGAGGUCAGAUCAGCAACAUGCUCGGCGCCUUCACCAUUGGCAUUCUCGCCAACAUGUACAGCCGGCUGGGCCGUCACGUGUACAACUACUACCUCGAUUUUCUGGAUUGGUGGGAUGUCAAGGUCCGCCCUCGUUUCCAAUCCGCCAGCCGUAGACGAAACGGUGUCGCCAGUGGCGGGUACGAAAAGGGCGCCACCGAAAGCGUGCCGCCCAGUCCGUCUUUUGGUCCGACGUCGACAGAGAAGCCCGCCGAGGACAGCGGGGAACCGGCAGACACUGAACGUCGUCGCAACGUCGGUUACGGUCUCGCGGCCGCCGCCAUGCUUCCCGGUAUCUUUGUGCAGGUUCCCGGAGGCCUGGCAGCUGGCGGCUCGCUGCUGGCAGGGCUGUCAACGGCGAACCAGAUCACACGGUCCAACAGCACCAUCACUACGGUCGUAAACGGUACUUUGGUCAACGUGACGGCUCCCUCGGGCCGAGGCAUCGACCCUGCCUCGGCGGCGCUGGGCCUCGGGUCGAAUCUAAACUCGACUGCGUUCAGCGUCUUGUUCAACGUCAUCCAAGUUGCCAUCGGCAUCACUGUAGGAUUGUUCUUGAGUUCGCUGGUCGUCUAUCCCUUUGGUAAGCGGAGGAGUGGGCUCUUGAGUUUUUAAUGGAUCACAAGGACUCGGUUCACAACCGAAUAUAAACCAGCACAGACUUUUCGGAUGUGCUAUGAUCUCUUUUGUUUUUUAUUAACUUUGGUUUUUGCGUCGGAGUUUGGGAGAAGCAAGCGUUAAGAGGAAUAGGAUAAUUAGAUUCUAGAAUUCAUCUUUUAUUAUCAGGACUUGUAAAAAUA